UUCCAAUUUCUGGAAAGUUUGUUUUGACAGCUUUCCAGUGGCUGUCUUUGUAGGCAGAUGCAUAGUUUUUCUUGAAAAUCAGGGUGUUUUUCUGAGAAAAUGGGCUUUCUGACUGUUUUGAAGAAGAUGAGGCAGAAGGAGAAAGAGAUGAGGAUACUUCUGCUAGGGCUCGAUAAUGCUGGAAAAACCACAAUUCUGAAGAGAUUCAACGGAGAACCCAUUGAUACGAUAUCCCCAACUCUGGGAUUCAACAUAAAGACACUAGAGCACAAUGGAUACACCCUAAAUAUGUGGGAUGUAGGUGGGCAGAAAUCCCUACGAUCCUACUGGAGGAACUACUUCGAGUGCACAGACGGGCUGGUUUGGGUGGUUGACAGUGCUGACAGGAUGCGCCUGGAGACCUGCCGGGAGGAACUCAACAUCCUCCUAACCGAAGAAAGACUCGCAGGAGCCACUCUUCUAGUCCUAGCCAACAAACAAGAUCUUCCCGGAGCUCUGACGGCGCACGAGAUCAAAGAGACCCUGCAGCUGGACAAUAUCGUGACCCAUCACUGGAGUGUGGUGGGAGUGAGUGCUGUGACAGGUGACAAACUCCUAGGGGCGAUUGAUUGGCUAAUCAGCGACAUCGCCAAGCGGAUAUUCACUCUGGAGUAGACUCAUUUGCAAUGCAAAAUAUCUUUUAUUUAUACAUAUUUUUUAUUAAAAAAAAAUCUAAUACAUCCAUUAAAAAAAUGCAUAAAUGCGCAAAAAU